CCAACUCGACACUUGACUUCAUUCGAAGAAAUCUGCAUCACUGCCCAACAUCCUGCAAACGAAAUGCCUAUCUCGCACUCGUCCGUCUGCUACUAGAAUAUGGUGCGAUAAUCUUGGACCCAUACCUAAAGCAAGACGUGGACAAGAGGAGCGAAUACAACGUAACGCAGUGCGCUUCAUCGCAAGUAACUGCAAAUCCACCACUCCUGGCUUUGUAACUGACCUCUUUAAAAGAUUUGACAUCCCCUCCCUCAAAAACCGACGAAAAAAGCUCCGUUUAACAUUCCUAUAAAAAGUGGUCACGGGGCUAGUGCCGGCCAUCCCAGUUAACACGUAUCUCACCCCACAGAAGCCAGGUUUCUUAAUCAGAGCCAAAUGCUCAAUAAACACUGAAUUCACCUCUGACAACUCUGGCAGUUGGUUGAUUUAAUCAGUACUGGCCAGAUUUGGCGGUUGAAUGGGUUAUAAUAAUUAUAUGCGCCCUAAGUCUAAUACUGCUGUCUCCAUGCUCAUACAAUAUUCUAUAACUAUUUAACUAUAAUGAAUAGAAUAAACAUUUUAUAUCUUAUAUGUUUUUUUUAGUUUACAAGACCGCAAACUUAAAGAUGCCCAGAUGAGAGCCACUAUAAAUCAGAAAUUGGUGGAGACUGGCGAAAGAGAACGGUAUGAUUUGUUUUUAUUCUUAAAAAAUUUUCAAAAUUGUCAUUCCUGAUUCUAGAUUUUUGUCUCACAUCUGAGUCUGACACCAAUUAAUCUAUAAUUGUCAUAGCUGUAUACCCCUUUCUGUGGUGUCCUGGUCAAUAUAAUAAGCCGCUAGCAAAAUCGUCAUUAAAAAUGCGAAUGAUUUAAUGUAUAUUGGUUAAGGGAAAAUCAUUAUAUUUAAAUGAGUUUCCUUACUAUUUCCUUUUCUUUCAGUGUGUUGAAGUGCUUUUUUCAGGGGUAGUCUGUGAUUAAUCGGGUGUGAAAUUUGCUUUUUUUUUUUUUUUUUUUAAACUACCAUUGUCUGAUUCUGGAGGUGGUCCCCCUCUAGAUUGCAAAAAAAGAUGUUCUUUAUUUCCUUACUAUUUCCUUUUCUUUCAGUGUGUUGAAGUGCUUUUUUCAGGGGUAGUCUGUGAUUAAUCGGGUGUGAAAUUUGCUUUUUUUUUUUUUUUUUUUUAAACUACCAUUGUCUGAAUCUGGAGGUGGUCCCCCUCUAGAUUGCAAAAAUAGAUGUUCUUUAUUGGAAUACCCCCUCUAGAUUGCAAAAUUGCAAAAAUAGAUGUUCUUUAUUGGAAUAAUCUUAAAUGGCUUAAAAUAAAAGCAAUGAUUUCAGAGAUAUUCCACAUGCUAGCAUUGAGAUUCUUAGCUCUAGUACUAGUGGUGAUGGCAACAUUGAAGUCAGAUAUUGACAAUUUUAGCCCUAAGCUUUGUCAAAUUGUUACAGUACACAAAUUUGUUUGGGAAAGGGUGAAACAGCACAUAAAAGACAAAGAUCGGAUCCAAAAUGAAAGUACCUAUCCUAAAGAGAUUCAAAGACAUUUAUGUUUGUAUAUGUUCUAUCUAGAUUAUUAAUUAAUUUUUUUUAAAAUGGAUUGAAUAAUGUCAAAUUUUAGAACUCACUUCAUGCUUUCCCCCUUGAAUUUUGAAUGACAUAAAUUUAAAGGUAAUGAAAUUAAAAAACACACACAAAAAUUACAAAUUUCAAUUUAAGGUAUCCAUAACUUGACAUUUUCUGAAAGAAUAUUGAUUCUAGUAUCACAAAAACUUGAUUUUUUUCAUAGUUUGAACAAUUUUUGGAGUAUUAGGUUGGGUUGAAUGUAUAAGUUGAGUACCGUAGUAAAAAUUUACUCACUUUUGUCAAGGUCAGUAUCAACAUACAUAAGGUACUUUGUCAAAUUAACUUUCAGAAAAUGUAUACUUUUAAGGGUCUCAUAAUUCAUUUAGUACGGGAUUAUGUCAUUUUUGACAAGUAUAGGCAAAUGCUACAAAUGGCUUGACACUGCAGAAAAAAGCACAUAGGGUUAAUCUGAAAAAUGUUCCAUAAGGCCAUUUACAUUUAUUGAUUUUCUGACUCUUUUAUUGCUGCAAUUGUACAAUUAAAAAUACUUUUUUUUGAAUUACCCAUUUUUAAUAAUUGGAAAUUUAUAUAAUUUUUUCCAUUUGCAUUAUCAUUAAGCAUUUUUUAAAAAAAUAUGCAAAUGCUUUUGUUUCUCUGUCUUCAGGUUAAAAGAACUUUUAAGGGCAAGACUCAUCGAGUGUGGAUGGAGAGAUCAGCUGAAAGCAUAUUGCAAAGGCAUGGAUUAGUAUGACUUAAACAUUAUUUUGGCACUUAUGAUUUUGUUAAUAUGUCAUCUUGUAAAAAAUUUAAAGAGAUAAAUUGUACUAUAUUUAUUGUCUGAACAGUAAUUGUUAUAUUAACUCCCAUUACUUUUCUUGCAGAAAUAGUCCAGCAGAAGGGUUUGGAACAUAUCACAGUUGAUGAUCUGGUUAGUGAAAUAACUCCUAGAGGAAGAUGUAGGUUGAUUUUCUAAAUAUUUUUGUAUAUUUUUUAUAUUUAUUCUAAAUUAACUCUUUAAUUGUCAUUGGUAUGAUUCUUUGCAAGUCGGGUAAAAAAUUAUUCCAAUUUCUUUUAGCUUAAUAUUCACAAUUAACUGUUUAUGAUUUACUCUCUCAGCCCUAGUGCCUGAUGAAGUGAAGAAAGAACUGCUGCAGAGAAUCCGUACAUUCCUGGCCCAGCAAUCCAAUGUGUGACACAUCACUUCACAUCUCAAUUUGGUUAGUGGUUGUCAAGGAAAAUGACCAAGUCUAGCAUUAAUUACAAAGCCCUUCCAAUUAAAUUAAUUUAUUUAAAUCAAAUACUCAAAACAUAUCCAUUUUGGAAGUUAAUUAAAAUGAAAUAUUCCUUUCUCUUAUCAAAUAGAACCACUUGUAUCAUCUCAGUAUCAUUUUAGGGAAUAAAGAAAGGUAAUUUGUUUACAUCUAGAAGUAAAUUUAAAAAAAAUUGUUUUUAAUUGCAAUUUCACCUAAAUAGCAACUUCUCAAAUCAUGUAGCUCCACUAUACUGAAUAUUGCAGUGAUGUUUGAUAACUCAUUGCAAACAUGAACAAGAAUUAAGUUUGUAAAAUUGUUGAAAUUAUUUUAAGAAUUAAUGGUGAGGGAGAUAACGGCAUUGUCAUAUUUAAACAUUUAAAAGCAUUGCCUUAUUUCAUAAAUUUGUUUGCAAAUAGCUUUUAACUUUAUAAAAAAAAAUGAACAUUUUUUUUCUCUGUAUUAUUUCUAGCAAAUCUAUUUUCUUGUAUAUCUCGUUCAUUGUGUAUGUGGUGUUUAACAUUAAUAGCAAUAGUUACAUCCGAGCCAUGAUACUUUAAAAACCCCAAGAGUGGUCAAGAAAACGUGUUCAUUCAAAUGUUAUGUUGUAAUAUCUAAUCUAUUGAAACAAAGGGACAUUACUUAUUUUUUUUAAACUGAAGACCACAAAAAUCCAUCCUCCAAACAAUUUUAGGGUCCAAUAUUUGGCCAGCAAAGUUUUAUGUUAUUGCCAUUCUUGUAAAUUUGUUUGUGAAUUAAUGUUUGACAGUUGAACCUAAGGUUAACAACAACAGUAUGAAUGCUGAGUAAGGAAAAAAUGUGUAUGCUUAACUAAAAAAUUGACUUGUGUAUAAAUAUGUUACAGUUUUGAAAAACGAGUGAAUGCUGAAAUUAGGAAAAUCAUGUGACAACAGGUGAACAAAAUAAACUUCACUGCUGACUUUUAUUGA